CAACGAUCCUACACCGGUCGAAAGCCCGUAAUAUCAUCCUCCCUCGCCGACACUCCGUGCGCUACCCUCGGUGUUAUGGGCAUCUUGGAUGAACUGAACACUACCCUUGGAACAUCACAUACCCUGGACACUCCAUCCAUCUCCUCCACUCUCGAAGACUGCAUCAUGAACAACUACGACUUUGGCACUGCAUAUGGCCGUCUCCGCGCGGUAUGGGGCACCAAAGACUGGAAUACCAUCCAAGAUGAGAUACGUACACGCGAAGCUCGGGACCAGGAGAUGCGACGAGAUGCACUUGUCGAUAACCGGAUUGUCAGACCGGAAUUGGAACCUCGACGGGUCUGGGAUCUAUACGCUAAUCGGGUGGUGUCAUUGUGGAGCAGCGAUGCAUCGAAUGUUCGGCCGGUAUCGCAUGCGUGGAUGGACGCGAAGGAUCGCGUCGACGUCUGGACGCCUAUCAAUGGGAAGGAAUGGCCUGUACCCAUCCCAAAAGAUGCCAGCCUUGACCAAAUCCGCAUCGAGAUGCUGAAUCUUGGUGAGCAGUAUGUGUGGUUGGAUGUCCUCUGUUUGAGACAGGAGGGCGGGCCAAGGGAAGACCUGCGCGCCAAAGAGUGGAAGGUCGAUGUGCCCACUAUCGGAUUCGUGUAUGCGAACGCCAAAGUCGCGAUCUACCUGAGUGGGCUGGGGCGGCCUUUUACUUUGAACGACGGCGACUUGGACAGUGAUCGCUGUUGGUUUAGACGUGCGUGGACACUACAGGAGAUUGGCGAGGAGAGGAUCAUUGUCGGGGAUACACCUGACGGACCGCUGCAUGCGAGACCAAUAGACAAGGAUGGGAACUAUGAUACUGAGAUACUGACAAGAUUUCACAAGCAGCUGCGGUCCAUCAGCGCUGUCUAUCAUCUAAGUCUGGGGCUGUCACUCUCACCCGCAAUGUUUGGGGUCCUGUCAGAAAUGCAGAACCGGGUGUCGACCAAUCCUGUGGACAAAAUUGGGGGACUGGCACUCCCUUUGCUGCCCAAGAUGAUACCUGCAUACCAAGAGAGAGAAUCUCUCGAAGAUGCAUGGACGGCAUUGGUGAAUGCAAUGUCUGUGGGGAAUCGGGGCGAGUUGUUCUUCUGGUAUCCUGAACCGGGAGAUACGGGCACAAAGUGGAGACCGUCAUGGGACCAGGUCAUGAAGAAUCCUCUGCCUGUGGACGACUACUCCUUUAUGACAGUUGAUUUGGAUGGGGAGACAAAUGAUAGCUGGUAUGACGGGUCCUGCAUCGAAAAGGUAUCUGUGCGAGGUUUGGCUGUGGGAGGCGUGGAAGAAGUUGAUCGACGUGGCGAGUUGAUCAUCAAAGACGCCAAUGGAGCAGAACAUACAUUCGACAUCAUGGCACGCCACAAGUUCCCAAUAUCUGAAGACAUCUACACAUUGCUUGGUACAGAUCCAGAGGCUCUCCGACGUUAUGGACAGAUUCAGAAGCAAUAUUGGAUCGUCGGGCGAAGACUGUCUGACGAAAAGUUUGAGAAAGUGUCCGUGUUUGAAAUGGUCAAAGAAGAAGCACGGAGGCUGGCGCGUCUGCGCAUUACUAAAGAGCGUCGGAACAUUCUGAUUUGA